UGUGGAGAGUAUGCAAAAACUACCAAAUAGAACGAUGGGUAUGAGCAUGGCAGGCAGUCAAACACAGUACUGUUAUGAGUGUUGUUCAACUGAAAACUGUAACAGAAAUUUGUGUGAUCAUACACAUCAAUCUUCUUGUGUUGAUGAUGAAUCAUUUGACUGUGCUCUAUUAAACUCUAUGCUUAGCCUCUGCAAGAAUAUUGUGAAAGCAAAGCGUAUCUGCCCGAAAUAUUGCGAUCUAUGCCAUGUGGUUGAUGGGAAUUGGUCUCCAUGGACGUCAUGGUCAGGGUGUGACGUCACAUGUGAAAAUGGAACCCGUUCGCGUGCCCGUACAUGCACAAAUCCAGCGCCACAAUAUGGUGGUCUUAAUUGUUCCGGAGAUAGUACUGAAUUCAAAUUGUGUCGUAAGCAACUCUGUCCUGGUAAGAGGAAAAAACACAAUUAAU